AUGGAUGUACCAGAGGGGAAUGGAAACCCUUUGGGCAAUGGACUCGGUCGAGCUAGGCAAACUCGACCGAUUGGUCUAGGAGAUGCUCCAAACCGCCAUCAACAGAGACAAGGGAUUGUUCCACCACCAGUGCAGAACCACAACUUUGAGAUCAAGCUGGGAAUGAUCAACCUUAUCAAUGGUGUCUCUGAAGAUGCCAUCAAGCUGAGACUCUUUCCUAUGUCUCUAGCUGACAAAGCUCACCAAUGGGAGAAGAGCUUGCCCCAUGGCACAAUCACCACUUGGGAUGAAUGCAAGAAGGCCUUUCUUGCUAAGUUUUUCUCCACCGGUCGCACAGCCAAGCUAGAGUGA